AGCCAUCAUCUCUCGCUACAAUUUCCCUGCACUCAAAUUAAUCUCGGACGAUGAAAAAUGAACCUCUCCCCCACCCUUGCAGCCACCCUUCGCUUCACGCCCCCAGAGAAGAGUUUCUCCAACCGACAACUGGUGAAGGCUUUUUUCCAAGUCACAUGAUCCAGGAUGCAGGGGGAGAAUCCUCCUUGGAACAGAGCUGAGGGCAGAAUCGAAUCAGAUGGGGGAGAUAAGGUGUGAUGUGGGGCAGACUAUAUAAAGCAUGGAGCCAGGGCUGCAGCAAGCAAGCAGCCGCGGGGCCCCUUCCCCUGACCCAGCCAUGCAGAUACCACCCGAAUCGGUGGCGAGUCCCUGGAGAAGCACGAGGCCCUGGAGAACCACAAACCACAGCUACUUCUACCUCAGCACCACCGCACUGGUGUGCCUCGUUGUGGCAAUGGCGAUCAUCCUGGUGGUGGUAGUUCAGAAGAAGGACUCUACUCCCAGAACAAGUGACAAGGUUGCCCUUAAAGGAGGAAAUUUUUCAGAGGACCUCUUAUAUACCCUGAAAAGAACUCCAUUCAAGAAGUCAUGGGCCUACCUCCAAGUGUCAAAACAUCUCAACAAUACCAAACUGUCAUGGAACCAAGAUGGUAUCAUCCAUGGAGUUGGAUACCAGGAUGGGAACCUGGUAAUCCAGUUCCCAGGCUGGUACUUCAUCAUUUGUCAACUGCAGUUUUUCGUGCAGUGCUCAAAUCAUUCUGUGGACCUGACUUUGAGGCUCCUCAUCAAUACUAAGGUCAAGAAGCAGGCACUGGUAACAGUGUGCAAGUCUGGAAUUCAAACCAAGAACAUCUACCAAAAUCUCUCUCAGUUCUUGCUGUAUUACUUACAGGUCAACUCUACCAUAUCAGUCAUGGUGGAUAAUUUCCAGUAUGUGGAUACAAACACAUUUCCUCUUGAAAAUGUGCUGUCUGUCUUCUUAUAUAGUAGUUCAGACUGAAUAGUUGCUCUAGACCUUUACAUAGAAAAAUGCUAUCUACCACACAGUACUUCAUCCUUCCAAACUUGGGCAAAAGGGAAAUGUUAGGACAAC